ACAAGUGAGGGAACAAGACCUUUGAUGGAUCCAGGAUUACCGUGGAGCUUUUGAGAGAGAAGCUCAGACUGAUACAACAUGAAUGUGCAAGAAAAUAUACAAGCCGGUGAAGACAACCAACAAGGAGAAAUACAGAAUGACGACGGGCAUCCUUUGCUAGAAACUGUGGAAGACGCCAAUGCCAAUCAAAUCACCAAAGAGAAAAAUCAUUCAAAUAACAGAGAGCAUGGCAGCCCACUACCCCCUCUUGUAUCACACUCUGAAGCCCAGGAGAGGAUCAUUAUCUGGGGAACACAUGCUCAGAGUGAAGACCCUGAGCUGGAAGAGUUUGAACUGCUUGAGUGUCAAGAGUUAGAAACAUUUAUUGUGGAAAAAGAAGGGAUAGACAUGUCAAGUGUGAGAAGGAGAAAGAGAGCAAAGAACCUCUGUGACAGGACAUUGACAUCCACAUCUGUCAGCGCUACUGUUGGAUCCCCUUGGAAAGACCACAAUGAAAACCACAGUGUGGAUGGAGAUGCAAAUGAGAACUCACAGCCCCUUGACCUCAGGACCUCUAGCUCUCGCUCUGGGGUAAACAGGACCCUGAGAGAAGCACGAAGUGGUUCUGAAAGCAACGUUUUUUCAUCUUCUCUUUCUGCAGUGACCAAUCUCAGUGGAAGUUUAGCCAGUGCCCUGGACAGUGCAGGCCGCACACAGCCUCUCUGUUCCCAGUCCAUCAAGUCUACCUCAGGCAUAGGCAGGAACCAGCAACCAUCCUACAUCCACUCAGCGAGAAACAGGGAGCUUCCCAGGGAUUUGGACCAAAACCAUAACUCUACUACACUGCCUCAGGAAUCACAAUAUGACCGAAGUAAGCUGAUCACUCAAAGUGGAGUGUAUCCUUCAAAUGGAGCACUAAAAGUGCAAAAAUUCCCAAUGGAAGCAGAGCAGAAUGGCAGGCAAGGGAUGUCAACCGAGGUGCCGAAAGGUAUGGUGAGGGUGCUACCUUCUUGUAGGCAGCUAGUCCGCCCUCUUUCUACUGAAAAACAAAUAACCUCAGGAUAUCCCAGCUUAGACACCCAGGCAGACCAGCAACAAUCCCACUCCUCAGAGACAGAUCACAGCCAUCAACAAGUGCUGCCGACUACAGAAGUCUGCAGUAAGAACACAAGCACAGAAAUGCUUCCAAACCAGACUUUCACCCGAGAGUCCCAACACUUGAAGAGGCAGAGCUCAGCAGAUCGUGCUGUAAGUCCCUCCAGCCUAGAAAGGAAGACUCACUUCAGUCGGCGGACCUACAGCAGUCCCACUAGACCUUCGACACCUCCAUCCCCCAAGACCACAAUGUCUCCUCAAAGACAGCCUUCAUCCUCACCCAUCAAGACUUUACCUUCUCGAGCUCCUCAGUUGGGUUAUGCUGGGUACAGCUCAGGCUUAAGAGCCCCAGUCAAAACAACUAUCAACACAAGCAUCCAUAAACCUCCUCCAACAAUGGAGGCUUCAAUGGAGACCUCCCCUCCAAGCAAGUGCCCGCCAAAACCGAAAAGUGUCCGACCCAAAAUCAUCACGUACAUUCGAAAGACCCCGCAGGUGAAACCACAGUCUCUUGAAGGAACUUACGAGGUGUCAUCCUUACCUACGAGACUAUCAACGUACAGCAACACACAGGCCAAACCAGCGGUAGGAGAACAAGGGGAAGCCGCUGUGCUGAGUGCCUCAAAUUUACUCUACGAUAAGUAUCGACAAGAGAUGCAGAAGGUUCGGUUCUUCUCUCCUGGACUCAUGGUGUCUGGGAUUAAGCCACCCAGCAACACCAUGCCCCAAAAAAUGGCAGGCCGAGCAGACAGCUUCUAUGGUUCUCUUAACAAGCCUCUAUCUGCAGCUGUGGGCAGGUCUCCAGUCACCCUUGGAUCUCCUGUAUCUGGAGCUGAGGAUCCUUCCGGCCCCCUUUUUCGUCCACCACGGGGCCUAAGACCCCAGCUUGGCGUUGGUGCUGUAAACAGGACUCCCUUUGCAGCUGCGAAGAACAGGAUGGUCCAAACAGGCCACCCAAAGUCACCAUUGACCUUCAGUCAACCAAUGCAGGCAGUAAACCCGACCACUCAAACCCCUCAGGAACCACAAGAUCAGAGAAAGACGGUGGCGACUGGGUUAGCUGCUAAAUCCUUCCUGCCGAAGCCAGCUCAGACUGGCCUCCGUCCUCCUGGAUACUCGCGCCUCCCGCCGGCUCGCCUGGCUGCCUUUGGGUUUGUUCGGAGCUCUAGUGUCUCCUCCGUGUCCAGUAACCACUCGACCGACAGCACACGGAGUGACCCCUGCCGACCCGCCUUCCGGCCCAACAGUAUAAAUGAUGAGCCACCGUUUCACCGUGUCACCACGUCGCCCCCUGGAGAUGGAUCCAGAGCACCCUGCCGCAGCAACCCUCAACCCCCCAACACUCCUGCACCCACACGCCGCACGAUGCUGCCCCCUUCUCGAAGCUCCCCUGUGGCAUCCCGUAAGGAAUUCCAGAAGAGUUCUGAUGGCACCCGUUCAUCUCUCUCUUCCCCUAAGAGACUCGCUGUAGUGUCUCCUAAACCACAGUCUCCAGUGCUUCAGAGGCAACAGAAGGCAACAGUGGCAGUCCGAGGCUCAAGCAUUCAGAUUGUGCCUCGUACUGGCUCCCCAGGUCCAGAGAAGAAAAGAGAAGAAGAGCAGAAGAAAGAAAAAGAGCGAGAUGAAGUAGAGAGACACGAGGAGUUGCAGCUCUUGCAGGGUCGCUAUGAAGAACAGGCCAAGCAACUGCAGGCUCUUCACACAGAACUAAAGAAAACCAGCCUGGGUCUGGAGGUCUUUGUCAUCUGUACUCAGCACUUCUCCCUCAAGAGUGAAAGUGCUGAGGAGAAGGAGAGAGAGUUGUCACAGGAACUCAGUCGGAUUCAGCAUGAAGUGGCCUUCAACGCAGCUCGCUGGGAGCGUCUUCAGAAGGAGAAGAGAGAGCUGGAGGAGUGUUUUGAGAGGGAGCUGAGAGAGUUACAGGUGCAGCAAGAGUCUGAACUCGUAACCUUAGAGGAGAACUUGAGAUUACGGCACGCUUCGGACAGAGACCAUCUCAGAGCAGAGCACCAGUCAGAGGUGGAGGAGUUUCACACCCAGCACCAGGAACAGAUCGAAGAGUUGACUGCCAACCACGAGGCCGCCCUUGAAGACCUGAAGACCAUGCACAACAUCACCAUGUCAACACUGCAGGAGGAGCAUGCCAGGACAAUGAGAGACUUAAGAAAAGCCCAUGAGCAGCAAAAAGCCAAUCUAGAAGAGGACUUUGAGAAACUGCGCCUCUCGCUUCAGGACCAGGUGGACACUCUGACUUUCCAGAACCGAACUCUGAAAGACAAAGCCAAGCGCUUUGAAGAGGCCCUGAGCAAGAGCACUGAUGAACAAAUCGUGGAUGCACUGGCCCCGUAUCAGCAUAUCGAGGAAGACCUGAAGAGUCUAAAGGAGGUUCUGGAGAUGAAGAACCAGCAAAUUCAUGACCAGGAGAAGAAGAUCUGUCAUUUGGAGAAAGUGCAGGCCCAAAAGAACCUGCACCUGGAGGAGCGGGUCCAGGUGCUUCAGCAGCAGAAUGAAGACCUGAUGGCCCGCAUCGACCGCCACCUCUCAGUGUCAAGACAACUGUCUGAGGAGAACGCAAACCUUCAGGGGAAUGUGGAGAAGGAAACCAGCGAGAAGAAACGCCUGAGCCGCAACAACGAAGAGCUGCUUUGGCUCCUCCAGACGAGUCCCCACCUGUCGCCUUCCUCUUCUCCCAUCCACAGAGCCUUCUUCCCCGGCCCUGAUAUUCCCCCUUACCCUUACUCUCCAGGCCCUGGUACCCCCACACACUCCUAUUCUCCUGGCCACUGUACGCCCACUCACAAGGUGGCUUCUCCGGGACCUGGGACGCCCACUCUGAGAGGCUCACCAGCAGCACGCUCGUCCCCCGCACGGAUCCCGAACGCCAACACUUUACCCAGAUGAGCUGUCCUACUGAAUCUCAGCUGCCUCUCCCAUUUUCUGUUACUGUCCGUCGUGGACGACAGUGCUUUGUUUUUAUGUGCGGGCCAUGAUUUGCUUUAAAAAAUGUGGCAAAUUUUAUUACGAUUUUAACUACCCCAACUGCCAGACAGAGAUCUAACAGCCUCUGUUAUUUCCAUUCUUUGAAUUUUGAACUCA